GCUAGAUCGUAUGAUUCUUUGUUCAACGUCGAGGAGGAUCCGGAUGCGCCCAAGUUGACUGGUAAAGCCAUCGAAGAAGAGUUCAUGUAGCUGUAUUCUGUAGUUGUCGUCCGUAGUGAAUCGACUUGCCACCCUUCACACCACCUGCGUCCCUCAUGAGCAUCCGAUUCGCCACUCCUCUGGACACUCAAGGCGACAGCGACAACGCCAGCCUGCAAUUGUCGUCGUCAUCUGGCGAUUCAGAGGAUAACGAUUACCCUGAGGAAGACAACAAUUUCGACGAUUGGGUGUCAGACCAGGCACUCAACCGUCCUUGUCGAUCUCUGUUCGACGAAGAAAAAGACUUUCCAUCUAUCGACGAGGCUCUGCGAUACGAUCAAUCCACCCAUGGAUUCAGCCUGGCAGAAACAUGCACGCGAUUGAACUUGGACUUGCAUCAACGAAUAAGAUUGAUCAACUACAUUCGAAAAGACAAACCGACCCCCUCCCAACUGUCCAGUCUGACAGGCAAAGAACCGUUUUUUACCUCCGACGAGUACCUCCUACCCGUCAUCGAAGAUGACCCUUUACUACAACUGGACUUGGACGACGACUGGUCUGACGACGAAAGCCCACCCACUGCGAACCCGCAACAACCCAACGAACCAACCGAUCUCGCCACCGCUGUCCGUCGCAUCAGACACCUCGAGGAGAAACUUUCCCAAGCACAAAAAGAUCUCGCAGAUUAUCGAAAUAUCGUUUCCCAGAAAGUUGAUGUGGCGAGGUUUGCUGAGAUCGUCAGCGAACCUGGACCAUCGUCAUCGUUGACCAAGGAUGGAGUCGACGACGUUCGCGAUGACGACUCGCAUUACUUCCAAAGUUAUGGCGAAAUCGACAUUCACGCUGUGAUGAUCAACGACAAAGUUAGAACCUCCUCGUACGCAUCCUUCAUCCUUAGGAAUCCACAUCUGUUCGAAAACGCGAUCGUCCUCGACGUCGGGUGCGGAACUGGUAUCCUUUCCUUAUUUGCCGCCAAAUCCGGCGCGAAACACGUCUAUGCCGUCGACGCUAGCGAUAUCGCCGAGAAGGCGGAGAAGAUCGUUCAGGCAAAUGAACUCUCAGAUGUUAUCACCGUCAUACGAGGAAAAGUCGAAGAGAUCAGUUUACCAGAUGGCAACACCCACGUCGACAUCAUCAUCUCCGAAUGGAUGGGAUACGCGCUUCUAUACGAGUCCAUGCUCGACUCCGUCUUACGCGCACGCGAUAGGUUCUUGUCUCCCAACGGUGGAAUUUUGGCACCCAGUCAAUGCAGAAUGAUGCUUGUCCUUUGUGAGGGGAACGAAACGUACAAGGACCGCGUUGGAUCCUGGAACGAUGUCUAUGGAUUCGACCUCUCGGAAAUGGCGAAAGAGGUGUACGACAAUGCCAUCGUCGAUAUCGUAUCCCCAGAAUCCGUUGUUAGCUCUCCAUGUAUUAUCAAGGACCUCCACCUCCGUACGAUCGCACCCCGCCAGCUCGACUUCAAAUCCCCCUUCUCACUCACUUGCACCUCCCCAAAACGGACCAAAAUCCACGCUUUCGUUCUUUACUUCGAUACCUUCUUCGUCGCCGGGCACCGUGACGACGAUGACGGUGUUGGCGAACAACAACCGCUGGAUCCCUCUGUUCCUGUGACGAUCGUAAAAGAAGGGGACCCAUUGUUGGCGGAGAUAUGGCCUGUCGGGGGUAAAUCGCUCCCUAAACGACGCGCGAGUAUGGGUUCGUCGGCGUGGAAGGCUAAGGAGAAUAAGAAGAAGGGGAAGCUCACGAGUUUUAGUACGGGCCCGCUGAGUCAUCCUACGCAUUGGAAGCAGACAGUGUUCUUGUUGCGCGAGCCUAUCGCUGCAGAGGAAGGCACGGUCGUGUCGGGGACUUUCUCGUGUAAGAAGAACGAGGGGAACUCCAGGGAGCUCGAUGUGGAGAUUCAUUAUUCGGUCAGGCAUUUUGGGGCGUCGUCGCCUGGCGAGACUGUCGUGCAAAUUUAUACUGUCCGAUAGCGACGUGGGGACUCAGUCAGUUUCCCGGGGGAGGACGUGUUCGCGCAGUUGUAUGUCGAACUUAGUGUCUGCGCGCAUGCGCCAUGAUAACUAUUGUAUACGAUAUCUAACGAUAUGGUCGUCGGUUGGUUCAAGACUACAUACUGCACUGACAUUUCUAGUUCCUAGAGCGAAAGCUCGCGCUGGCGGAUAAACUCUCCAUCAGGCGUCUCUUAAGUACCUAGCUAGUAGGCGGCGUAGUUUCUUCGGCCACACGUCCACUCAUACGACGGGUACAUACCCAAAGCCAUUCAGGCCGAUAACCACCCUGUUCCUCGACGCAGACGAUCUCCAAGUGUGGCAUAACGAUGGAAAGAUAUGCAGCAACAUCAUCACUCUUCGAACAAAGGGACGUGUAGACUCUCAUAUACCUCACUACCGCUACCGUGGUUAUGGCGAGCGA